CCAUAACCAUUAGUUGCAUUGAUUCACCAUUCUUCACGCUACCCUACAACUAAUUUACACUAUAUAUAUUCUUUUCUUUUCUUUUCUUGGCCUUAACCAAUUCCUUUCUUUUCAGUAUUUCACUCUCUUACCUCUCUUUGAACAUAUAUAUAUAUAUAUAUAAUACCAACACAACACCGUUCUAAUUACAUUUUAACCUUUUCUCUAUUAAUCACACGAUAACAAUAAUGGUGGUUGUUUCUGACGUUGUGAUUCAUAUUCUAUCCAAGCUUCCACCAGAAUCUCUUCUCCGAUUUAAGUCUGUUUGUAAAACGUGGUAUGCUCUCAUCAACGAUCCUAAAUUUGUAACUAAACAUCUUUUAGAUUCUUCUCCCCACAAGCAUGUUCUCCUUAAGCGUAUCAUCAUCAACAACUCUGGUAAGAAAGAACACGUGUUCUCCCUCCUCAAAUUUUCCCUUGAUCGAUCUGUGUCGUCUAUUCUCGACAUUCCUUUACCAUUAAUUGAUCAUGAGGAUAAUCCAGCUUUAAGAAUUAGCGGCCAUUCUCACGGCUUAAUUUGUCUAAGUGAUAGUACUCCUGAUAUUUUUCUUUGUAAUCCCAUGACAAGGCAGUUUCGUAAACUUCCGCCAACAGUUAUUGUGGACGACUCUGAACCUCAAGAUAUUGAUGAAAUGCAAGAGGAUGCUGAUUUAAUGCCAAAAGCUGUUGGAUUUGGGUACGAUGUGCAAUGUGGGGAUUUCAAAGUGGUUAGAGUUAUGAGUCAUUGGAGAGACAUUGUUUGUUAUCCUUCAAAAGUGGAAAUUUAUGAUUUGAGAAAAGAUAGAUGGAGAGAAAUUAAAACCACAGUUGUUGCUGAUGUAUUUUGGCAGCCUUCGUUUGACACAUAUCACGAAGGAACAUUUUACUGGUUUGGGCUAAGUGGGGUAAAUGAAAAACAAGUUAUGCUAACGUUCGACAUGAGCAAAGAGGUUUUUGGAAAAAUUUCACUCCCAGAGAGUUUUCACUUUUCGAAGGGUAAUUAUAGAAGUUUGAUGGUUUUGAAUGGAUCUUUAUGUCUAUUUUCUUAUCCACCAUUUGAAAACAAUGAAAUAGAUUUUGAGAUUUGGGAGAUGGAGAAGGUUGAAUAUGAUGUUGUUUCGUGGUCAAAGUUAUUGACGAUUGGCCCUCUUUUUGGAAUUGAAUAUCCGAUCGUGUUUUUAAGCGCGAAUGAACUUUUAAUGGAGUCAAAAGAAGGACAAUUGAUUUUGUACGAUUUUAAAACUCAACAAAUCAAAGAGCUACAUGUAAGAAGUGAAGCUAUGUGGAAAGAAGACGCUAUAAACUGGUUUGGAGGUAUUAAUUUGUUCGUGAAAAGUUUGGUAUCCUUGUAAGUGUAAGGAGAAAAUAAGGAGAAAAUAAUAUGAGUUAUGAGUUUUAAUAUUUUUUCAAACAUAGUUUUAUUUAAAUAAAGUCUAGAUGGAGCAAAUGCAUAUUGGUUUUGCUUUCAGAGACCAUUUAACUUUCACACAAAAAAAUAUAUUGUAUUACUUUUGAGGCCAAUAAUUAUUCUAAACACAAAUUAUUUUACGAUUUCACUUUUUUUUUCUUGCUGUUUUAUGCUAUUUUUCUCGUAAUUGUAACAAUAAUUUCGGCCAUUUCCAACUUGUAAUAUUUUCUUUUUAUUAAUUAGCUUACUUUAUUUAAUAUA